AUAGACAAUUAUUUGUUGUGAAUUGUGAUUUGUGAUUGAGUCACAGAGAGAAACGUGAUCUAAGUUUUAAGUUUGUUUAUAUUACAAAAAAAAGUUAAAUUAUCAUGUCAUCUGAUGAAGAAAAUGAAGAAACUCAAGAUCUUGAAAAAAUUAGUGAACAAAUGAUGAGAAUGCCAAUAAGUGAAAGAAUGGCAGUAAGUGCUUGGGAUGAUGACAACGAAGGAAUUGAUACACAUCGAAAUCCUAAAGAUAUUGAUGCUAAUUCAAUUUUACUUGCUGCUGAAGAUGGAGACAAAGAAAAAAUAAUUUCAUUGUUAAAUAAAAAUCCAGGUUUAAUAAAUGUGACAGAUGAGGAUGGUUACACUCCUUUACAUAGAGCUUGUUAUGGAAAUCAUAAUGAUAUUAUUGAACAUUUGUUGGAAAAAGGAGCAAAUUUAGAAGCAAAAACAAUUGAUGGAUGGGAGCCACUUCAUUCAGCAUGUUGUUGGAAUAAUGCCAAUUGCAUAUCAAUGCUAAUAUCAAAUGGUGCAAAUGUUAAUGCUAAAAGUAAUGGUGAUCAAACUCCAUUACAUCUUGCAUGUGCUAGUUCACAUAAUUCUCCAUCACUUCAACUUCUUCUUCUUCACCCAGAUACAAUUAAAACAGUUAAAAAUACAGCUGGUGAUACACCACAAAUGAUUGCAACUAGAUCAGGAAAAUAUUAUCCACUAUUUGAAAUGACUGAACUAUGUUUAAAUGAAAUUUAAAAAUAUAUUUUUCAUCUGUAAAUAAUAAUUAUAUUUUCAUUUAAAUUGUUAAAUUUC